UAGAAUUCCCACCGCGCCGCUCGCCUCAACGACAAUCUCGAUGGCACUUUUACCGAUCUCGGCCCUUAUGCUGAUCCCACCGCGGGCAAUGGAAGGCAUUCAGGUGGUUUUCCCAAGCCUCCCGUGAUCGUUUCCAAGCAAGCGAUGAGCGUCGCAGAUUCACCAAUGGUCGAGCCUGGCUUACCCAACAAGCAGCCGACUCGGGUGGUGCAGACGGUGCCGCAAAGGGGGGGCCCACGCCACCGGCCAUCGGCGGUAGCCCUGGCAGCCCGCGAAGAGAGCCAAUCUCCAGAUCCCGACCAUGAUCCUGCUGCCGAUGGUCAAGAGCCGUCGUCCGGGACCGGCACGCUCGGAAUCUUGGACAUGGCAAACCCUGAUCGGCCGUAUAACAUGUGGGGCGAUGGCGAUGACCUCUUCUUAGCCUACGGCGCUCUCAUUCCAGAAGGAUACAAGCACGACGAGACCGUGCCAGGGCGGCCAUGGAUCUGUCCUGUCCGGACAUGCCGUCGCUUGUUUUUGUCAUUGCACGAUCUCGGGAAUCACUUCAAAAGACACCAUCGCGGCCUCCGACUCAAUGACAAUCUCGAUGGGACCUUUUCUGUCAUCGGAACACGGGACGGCUCCGCGCCUGCCGUGGUUGUUUCGCAGGAUCCUACGAAUACCCAAGAAAUCGUCGCACCGACCCGCCCAAUCUACCCACGUGGUGCCAGACAAAUAAUCUGGGUCAAGGCAGUCGAGGAUGGUCCGUCUGAUGAUGCUCUCGCUCGGACGACCCCUCAUAACGACGCUGGCCUUGUUCUGGCAUCAGAUGGCCGACCGUACGACAAAUGGUGGGAUGAAGGAGGGGGACUAGUUAGCAUGGUAGGAUCUUUGAUUCCGGAAGGGUAUGAGUUGGACGACACCUUUCCCGGCCGCCCUUGGGUCUGCCCCGUCAGGUCUUGCAGAAUCGCUUGCAGAUCCCGAAAAUAUCUUGGGUUCCAUUUUUUGGCAAUUCAUCGAUCGAGCGACUUGAACGACAACUGCGACGGAACAUUUUCCGCUGUGGGCUCGCACAGCGGCAAUGCGCCACGCGUUGUAUCCAGGGAGCCCGUAGACCCGGCGAAGUCGCCGCUGCCAGCGCCUCGUCUACCUGCAUCAGUUGUCGGAGAAAGCUCGGCGGCGAAGAGCGACAGGGAAACGCGACGUGUUGCCAAGACUGGCCUCUCCGACGGCGAAAGCCAUCUGUGGAACUACAUAUGCUCGCGUGUGGACGUGAGCCUCCCGACGCCGGACGCGGAUGGAGCAAGGCCCCUCCUCCGGCAGCCCAAAGCGCGGGACCUGAACGUCACAAAAUCAUUUUUACCUGCCAACCUUGACCCGAAACAGGUCGCCGGCCUGAUCAUCCAGGUCGUUGGAGAGCAGAACCCCGUUCCUUGUUCCGCGUGCCGGCGCCAUGGCGAAUGUCCGUUUGACAGCUGCGUCAGUCUUUCUGCCGAGGUUGCCGAGGAAGUGUCUGGGCUGUUGGUCAGUUCUACACGGGCCUGUGCAAAUUGCCUUACGCGCAAGGUCUCGUCCGCUUGUAGCCUCAAGAGCAGGGGCUUGGCGCAGAGGAACCCGCCGAAGGGGGAUACUUACUUGGGCGAGGAACUUCUAGGGCACAGACGGCCUGCGAGGCUGUCCCGGACAAGCAGUCACGAUGAUGCGUAUGGAGGAGACGAGGUGCGUUUUGAGGAGGUCUUCGACAAGCUGUGGCAGAGACGCUUUGUCCCCCUCAGGCCAUCUAAACGCCUCCAUAACGGCCGCACGCCAAUGCCCCGAGAAAGUCGUGUCACCUCGGACAUUUGGAAUGGCACGCCGCCGACGGAGGCAGACCUGCGCGUGGAGGACUGGGAAAUGGAGGACGGCCGAAUCAACACAGCUGGCGAGUCACUAGCCUUCUCCUCCGCCUACCUUUCGGCCAACCAAACGGUCCAGAUCUCGACCGACGUCAGCCUCCAGACGGUGGCCAUCCCGUCCGGCUGCGUGCACCAGUUCGCCGCGGACGAGAACCGCAUUCGCAUCUGCACGCUCGCCGGCGGCAAGCUCCGCGUGCGAGUGGGCGGCGCGGCCGCGCCAGAGUUCGCCAUCGGCUCGCAGGGCAUCUUCAAGAUCCUGCCCGGCGUGGCGUGCUCCGUCACGAAUCGCUGCUAUGUCGAUGCUGUCCUGCAUGUCACCUCGCUGCCGCCUUAUUGAGCCAGGUUGUGGGCUGGCUGGCUGGCAAACAGUGGGGGUGGUCACUUUGGGCUUAUGGAAGCGUCUGUGUGAUGGAGGUGUGUAUUGAAGACAGCGGUGCAGAGUGGGUUUGCGUGUGUACUGUAUUUGGGUCUGGUGUACGGGAUUCAGAUUCCUCGGAUGGGCUGUACAAUACAAGAUGCCUACUAAUACGCAAUAAUACGCGGAGCUUGG